AUGAAUUCGUCUAUCGUCGGUCGCGAGAACAAGGAAAAUGUAUCCGAAAAAGUGCGGAGUGUGUUCCGAACGGAAGCGGGCGGACUCAAGUGCGGUUUGGGCGAGAACUGCCAAUUUCGUCCAAAAAACUUCAUUCUGACCAACUGCCUGCGGCACAUCCAAAACAUACAUCCCGCGAGCUACAAUGUUUUGAAACUCGGAAAGCAGAUCCCGGAAGAGAAGAUCGCGGAGCGAGGGAAAAAGCGCCCAAAAGGAAUCAUUGAGCUGUACGAGAAACAUACCGCUCAAUAUCUGAAAGAAAAGGUUGAAGAGCUGCUGGACAAAUUUGGUAUAAAGCGCUGGCAAAUAUACUCCGUUACGGUAGAUAAUGGAAGAAAUGUUGUCAAAUCUGUCGAUCUUCUGGGCGAAACCGCAUGUAAAGAUCCGGAUGAUAGCGAAAGCAGCCCUGAUGUACAGGAUAAUUCAGAUGAAAAUGCAGAAGACGACAACGCAUUUUUCCACUGCGAGAAAAUCACCGAGGAAUACCAACAAACGUUAAGUGAGCAUAAAGUCGACUGCAUACGCUGCGGAGCGCACACCAUAAACCUUGUGGUGAACGACGUGACUCGGGAAUCCGAAGAGAACGAUGAAUCGCUCAAGCAUAUUAUAAAAAUUGUGAAAAUGUGCCGAAAAGGAAAAUACAAGCAAGCAUUCAAGUUCUCUAAGACCCCGAUACCGAACUCGCCAAACAAGACCAGAUGGAAUGCUGUGUAUAUGAUGAUAUACGUGCUCUUGAAGUACAAGGAAUUCUACUCUAAUAUCGGUUUGCAGUAUGAUGAGCUUGACCUUUCACACUGCUGGCAAUUCAUGGAAGAAUAUCGCGAAGCUUUCUACCCGCUGUACUUAGCAUCGUUAAUAUCACAGCAAGAGGAAUGCCCAAUAAGCCAGUUCCAUUUGGAGUGGCUGAAGGCGUACGGUCAAGUGAAAGCGUUGAAGUCAAAUCGAUUCAGAGAUAACAUACUGCUGUCGAUGGACAAGAGACAAAAAACUCUGAUGGAACCCAUCGCCUACAGGGCCGCUUUAUACAUGGAUCCUCGGUUCAUGUAUAGUGGAUCUGAGCUGUUCAAGCGCGAGGAAAAGGCAGAAAUCGUGAAAUAUCUCGUCAAAUUGUGGAACAACAUCAACGUUAACAGGCCUGAAACCAGCACUGUAGAUGAUAACCAGGACACAGCGGUAUCGAACAACUCGUUUGACAUCAACGAUUAUUUCACGCAGUUGUUUGGGGAAGGCACUUCUACUCGCUCAUCGAAACCUACUUCACUGGAAGAAAAAUUGCUGCAAAUACAAUGCCAAGACCGCGUCAACCCUGCGGAGCAAUUUAACAUAAUCCAUUACUGGUAUGCGCAAAGAGUUCACGAGGAACGACUGUGGAAACUAGCCAAAGUUGUUUACGCCGCAGCUUCUACGCAAGCAGCUGUUGAACGAGAUUUCUCUGCGUACAACAGAAUAUUCACAAACCUGCGAAAUCGUCUAGCUGGUGACACUAUUGAACACGUACUGAAAGUUAAAUUGAACAAGGACCUGAUCGAGCCUACCAUUCGCGAGAUAAUUCAAUCGCAACCUGCCAACUGAAUUCAGAUUUCCAUCGUUUUUUUUUUAUUAUUAUUGACCAUGCUGUUACGUUUUAGGUUCAACGCGCCUAUGUUUGACUACUAUUCGAUGAAAUAAAGGAUGUGAUACAUCGCAUUAUUUUAAUUACACUUUACAAUUACAUUUUUACUUCUAGUAUCAUACGGGAAUUACUGCCGUAGUUUCGAAUAGGAUGGAUUUGGGUGGGAGUAUAGGAUUACUAUAAUCAAUUAUCAAUUUGAUUUGUGCAUCCGAGGCGCAAUACACCGCACUAUGCGUGACGUUAUCGCGCCGUUAUGUCCGACGCAUGGUUUGGUAGAUAAAUAGAUUUUCGCGACUUGGAUUUUCGGUCCGAUUUCGACCGAAUUGAUAAUAAUGCCAGUGGACCAUAUAGGGUAACCUGGGGUAAUGCGCACCCCCAGGGCAAAACGCCCUCACGCUAUUUCAUUAUAUAAGUGAAGUUCCAUUCGAUUCAAGCAAACUAGACGUAAAACUGAGCCGGACAAGCUCAAGAAUGCAAAGAAUAUUCGAAUGACAAGCGUGGAAAACGAUGAUUUUCCACAUUUGGAAAGAUUAUCUAAUUUGAAGCGCACGCAAUUUAAGCAAUUGCGCGCUGAUUAUAUGGAAUCAACCUAGUAUAACUACCAUCCGCCUCCUACUCCUUUCAUUUGCUGCCGUAAGUAGUAAAAUGGAGCCGCCUGGUAUCUCAUUAGAAUUCAAAGCGGAAAAUGCCAGAGGUCGUAUUGCCCCACCUCAAGGUGCGUUUUGCCCCCAACAGUUUUUCAGCACCCAAAACGAAACACUUUUUUAAAUUGUUAAUUUGAUUCGAUAAAAUUGAUAUCACGCGUACCAAAUGCUGGCAUCUCUUAGCCAAAUAGGUAAUAGUAGUUUACGCAACAAGGUGCAGAAUGAGG